GAAUGGAUCAAGAAGCCCAUAAGAAUGAGGAGAAUUAAGAUUAAGAAGAAUAACAAGUUGAUGAAUCUUAAAUUACAUAAACUUAAUAGACAGAAAAUAAGAAUGAGGAAUAAGUAUUUGAAUGCGAAUAAAUUUAAAAUCAAAAUGAGAAUCGUUAAAACUCAGCUGAAAAGUUGCCAUAUUAAAAUCAAACUGUUACUAGUACUACAAAUAAUACAAUUCCUUUAAAUUAAACGCCUCCUUAAGCAAGCUCUUAAACCUCAAAUUUUUAAGAUAGUAUUCAUACUUUAGCAGGAAUCAUCAACAAUAUUGAUAAUCAAGUUUUAUUAUAAAAAGCCCCUUUGGAAAGUCUUUGCAAUUUGCUUUAGAUUGCUCAACCAAGUGAAUUUGAUGAUGUGUCAGAUCCUGCAGGGAUGAAAGAACUUAUUGAAUAGUAAUAUUAAAGAAAAAGAUCUGAUUUGGAAAUGUUAAUCUACCACGUUAUGAAAGGAUAUGACGAAUUGAAUCAAAAAGUAAACCUAAAUCAAUUGGAGAAAAUCAUGAGAAUUCUAAAAAGUAAAAAUAAAAGCAUUUACAUAACAAAAGAUGGGUUUGGAGAAUAAGCACUUUAAUGUUUGUGUCAUCAUCAUCAAAUUCAUUAAUAAGAAUAACAAGAAGAUAAUAUAGAAUAAAAUAUAUAAUAAGAAUAACAACAGGAAGAAUAAUAAGAAUAACAAUAAGUAGCAGAAUAAUAAUAAGAAGAGUAGAAUGUUGUUGAGUAAAAUGAAAAGGUAAAUGUUUAACAAGAGAAAAAUGAAGUAGAAAUAUAAACAGAUUAGAUGGAAGAAAGUGAAUAACAAAUUGAUUAAGAUGAAUAAAAGCUAGGAGAUUUAAUUUAAAAGUAGAAGCAAUAAUUUGAAGAUUUCUAACAAUAAAUAGAAGAAAAUUAAACAGCUUUAUAAACUUAAGAAGAGGAAAUAGAUUAAUAAAUUUAAUAAGUUGAGAAACAAGAUGAAUAAUAAUAGUUGACUUAAGAAUAAUUAGAAUAAAAUGUUGAAUAAUUAAAGCAUUCGAUUUAGAGGAGUAGAGAAUAAAUUGAAAAACUGACAGAACAAAGAGACAUUCUCCUUGAAAAGAGCAGAGAAUUGGCAUAGAAACAAUAAGAGUUGAAAAUACAACAGCAAUAAAUAUUACGGUAAUUAAAAUAAAAUGAAGAAGAAGAGGAGGAAAACAAACCUGUAUUUAUAAUUAUUUUAUUUAUUAGAUCUCAUGUUAAGACAUAUUCGGUAUUAUGACACUAAAUACUUUAAAUCUAAAUCAAUUAUAAAAUUAUAAUGAUCAAACAAAUAGCUUAAUUUUUAAAUUGAGUAAGAACUAUACGGUUGAAAUCAAAAGUGAUGAUACAGAUUACAUAAGAGUUUUGAAUGAAAAUUCAAUUUUGAAGAUGAUUCCUUCCUUAUUACUUACAAGACACAUCUUUCCAUUUUUGAGUGCUUUUGAAUUAUUCAAAAUCAGAGAAGUUUGCGGCUGGUUUAAAGAAUAGUAAAUAUUAAUAUCAAUAAAUUUAGAGUAAAGAAAGCAUGGCCAAUUGUAUUCAAGAGGGAAAUGUUUGAAUAAUUGUUGGCAAGAGAUUUAGCCAAAAAUAUUUACACCGUUUUGAGUUUGUAAACUUUGAAAGGAACUCUCUAUUUCAAAGUAUAAAAUUUGAUUGAGGCAAUAAUCCAAGCAAUCUAAUGGGAGAAAGUAGAGGAGGCACUAUAAUAAGAACAAAUGGAUAUUAAUAUCUAUAGACCUUUGAUUGCCUUGUUGUCAUUGUUCAAUAAAUAGCAUGAAAUUGAAUAUCCUCAUCAAAUUGAUGGAAGCUUUGAUAUUAAAGAAUUAGCAAAGGAUAUGAAAAACUAAGUCAUUCAAUAUAUUUAAACUAACUUCUUACCUUUGAGUUUUAAUCAAAUGAGAAGGAUUAAUGAAAAUCUAUUAUCUGCUCCUGAAUUCAGCGUCGAAUUUUUAGCAUCAAAAGAAGAUAAGUUGCCAUUGUAUCUCACCAUUUUACUUUAAUAGUUGUAUUAUCAUGGUUUGAUACAUUAAACAUUCAUUAUUGAUAGUUUUUAGUUGGAUAAAUGGAAGAUGUACUUAUUAUAAUAAAUAUUUUAGAGAAUAAGAAAUACUUGGUAAAAGAUAAAGUUAUAACUAAAAUUUUUUGGAAGGGGCAUACAAAAAACUAUUGCUUAAAACUUACUAGGAUGAUGGAGAAGACGAAUAAUCCUUGGAACAUCUAAACUCAGAUAUAAAUGAAGUAUCAUUCAAACAAUAAUCCUUAGGCUUAAUAAUUCUUACGUGCUUUGACCAAUUUAACACCUACUGAAAAUCCAGAUCCAGAUAUUGUUAUUAGAAGAAAUAAAACAGUCACUAAGAUCUUUAUUGAUAUACAUACUAAAAUGGAUAUUUUAGUUUAAACUAUUGAGCAAUAUAGAAAUUAAAGUUUAUAAUAGGAGGUCCUUGCCUAAAAGGAGUAAUAAGAAUAAUCUGUUUAAAUUGAAGCAGAAACCCUUUAGUAAUAAGGAGAAACUGAAAAGGAAGUCUAAACAGAAAAUCAGGAAGAAAUAAAGAAAUCAAAUAAUAAUUAAAAAGGAGAUAUUGAAGUCUAAUAAGACUAACAACAACAAUAACCAGAAGAACAAGAAAUAGAGCCAAAAAAUUAAAUAGAGGAAAAUAAUCUUAAUUAGCCUAAAGAGUGAAG